UUCUCUAUUUUCAAGGCUGUGUUCAUCUUUGCGCAAAUUCUAUUUUUACGUAAGUUUGCAACAGCCACCCUUCAUAAAUCACCAAGCAUUCGACUUGUACUUUUCCACAUACUUGGCACUAACGUGUGCCUUUGGUUUCGCGCGCUUUUUAGCCACUCGAAAAGCAUCUUUAGCACGCGUAGAACACAAGAAGAUUUAAGUACGCGUGAAGAGAACGCGUGCUUUGCAAAUCACUAUUCUAUGAAGAAGAUUUGGGAAGCGUCAGAACCUUAUUUAUACCCGUUCACAAUGGAAUACUCGCUAAUAGCGGGUGGCAUUCUGUACACCAUGUGGAGCGAGAUGCGAGAUCUGGAUCCCGACCCGCAGGAUAUUUACAUUUAUGACGAGUUGUCGGAUUUCAACACGACUUCGGAUAAUUUAAGUGAACGAUUAGAGAAAUUUGAACACGACCACGGAUACGGAACGUGCGAGGCUGCGACGCCGUCCAAGGAUUCGGUGUCUAGUGGACGUUUUUCCAGUCGUUUUUCAUUGAAUCGAGCCAUGUCGAACUCAUCUAUUUGUCAAUCGUGCGUUGAAAAUCAGGACGCUCUUCGGCUCCAUGCGAUUCCAAGUUCGGACCCAGGCCUUUUAAUCGGGCUGUUGUUCUCCAUCGUUUUGCUACUUGCAGUGGGGUUAUUAUGGGUUGACCACGACUCCAUGAACGCUCUGAAGUUUUAUUACCUUUAUCAAAUUAUCUUGCUCGUGUUUAUGUGCGUGGCAUGUUGGAUUGUGCUGAGAUGCCUUAUGAAUCAAAAGUUUGCUUGGUAUCCAUUUGGAGCAGAUGAUACUUUGCUAAUAGUGUCAUUCACUGGAAUGUUUCUCUACGCUGGUCUAUGCCUUACAGCUGCUAUCGCAGAAAUCAGAAACCAUCGCUACGCUUCAGACUUCUCACUCGCCAAAUCGACCCUUAUUCUCUUCCAAGCAAUGCUACAGGCCACAGCUCUCAUCAAAGCUCUCCGCUUCAGACCGUUCAAGGAACUGGGCGCCAACAUCGUCAGACAAGGAACACUGUUUCUGCUGACCACCAACGUGGCAUUAUGGGCUCAAGAUUCGUUCUUUGAAAUGAGGAAUUUCUCCACAACCCCAGUACAGACAAUAUUUUACGGUGAGACGUCAUGGAGGGCGAUAACCACCUUAGCUUACCCAUUGUGUAUAUUCUUUCGCUUUCAUUCGGCAGCUUGUUUGUUUGAGGUUUGGUCUUCCUUUAGAGUAAAUAAUUUAAGUUAA